GUCGCACUCCGUACUUCUAACCAGCGUCACACACAGUGAUCGUGUGUUGGCUUUAUGGUCCCGACCAUUGGCAGUAUAUGUGUGUAUGUGUGUAUAUAUCCCGAGCUGCCGAGCGAUAAUAAUGCUGUGUCAGUAAUGGGGAAUGCGCAGUUACGCUGUUGCCUCUCUCACUGCGUGCUCUGUGUAUGUUGUUUAUGUUUACAUUUACUGUUCCCAUAAGUUGUUGAAGACCAAUGUGCUCAACAACGAGAGGCUUCCGAGUUUUGUGUACCUUUACAUCAGAUAUGUGAGCAGAGCUGUGACUCGGAGGACAGGCUGCCUGUACACAGCAGCUCCACAGAGGACUGAGGUUGUGUACACGGUCCUCAACUGCAGGCUGGAGACUCCCCUGUUGAGGAGGUUCUGCAGUGCUGCAGGGUAUGGCUGGGAUUACCCAGACACCGAGUACAGAGACAUCCCACUGUGCUUCCCAGAGUUCCUCUGUGACAGACUGCUGCUUAUGCUGCUGACUGAUGAGAAGUUCAGCCUCAGCCCAGCAGGUCUUGUUCGUGUGCGUCAGAGUCUGAAAACCCUUCAGCCAGUUGACGAACUGAAGAAGGGCCCGUUCAUGCUGCAAGUUCGAGUCCUGGAGUACCGGCAAACUGACGCAGGGGUGCAGGUGGAUGUGUGUCUGUCUGCCACUUCUCGUACAGGAUGCCCAGUGUGGGAGAGCAUCCUGACACUGCUGUCCAAUAACAAGCUGCACAAAGCCAACAGAUGCCAACCAAGAAAAGAAAAUGAGAGCCAGCCAGAUGAGCCUGUGCCAGAGAAUGUGAAGCAGGUUGAGCUCAGGGUUCCCAGGACUGCCGGUCUGCAGUGUCUGUGGUCCCUGUCUGACUUCUCCCCCUAUCGGCUCCUCUCCCUACCGGCCACGCUCUUUGACUACAGAUCCCAGACCUCCCCGAGUCUCUGGAUGCUGUCUGUCUGCUUGGCUGAAAUAGAAAAACACAAAGGCGUUGGCGUCAUCACAGCUCCUGUCAACGUCACCGCCCAGUUUAAGGACCCUCUGUCGGUGCCAGGCAGAGUGACAAUCAGGUUUUGGGAGAUGACCAGAGACGGGGGUCAGUCUUCUGCCCAAGGCCUCAGCUUCCAUAUGCAGCAGCAGGGACACAACACGUCUCACAUGAUGGGGUUGAUUUCUAGGUCUUGAUUAACAUAGAAGCUUGAUAUUUGUAGUUUAGCCAAAACACAGUAAAAUGUGACACUGUAUAAUUAAUUCAAUGAAACAGUUAAAGUAUU